UCCAAGGCAAAUGGCCAGUCGUGUGUGGAACUCGGCUACGAUCGGUUGGUUUUUGGCUUUUGGCUUUUGCUCUGCAGCUCAGUGCUCCUCGCUACUCGCUCCUCACUUCUUCUUGAUCGUUUUCGGGCGGUUUUCCAAUCGAAACGUACCAAAAAUCGCACACAUAAAGACACAUUAUAUAAACAGAAGAUCUACAACACCUUAAUGCAUACGCGCACACCUCUCCCACUAUAAAUAGCCCACCGAAAUCGGUAAAUAAAUAAAUCGGAGAGCGGCAAAGUAAAAGUUCUAGGAAGAAAAUCUAAUUGCGACUUUGCGAAAAAGAUGGUGAAAUAAACGAAACAAUUUUAAUAUAAUGAGAGAAACGCACUCGAUACAAUAAACGCGCAUACUUAACCAAUCCCUAACAACAAGAACAGUUAAUUGACGAAAUCGAACUGCAAAGUGAAAUGUUGGCGAGAUGUGUUUUGUUCGUCACCUGGCUGGCGGUCUUCGUUGCGACUGGGAAAAGUGAUGAUCAGUUGAUGAAGCUCCCCGCCUGCGCCGCCAAACAGGGCGAGUGCGAUGAUAACGAGGGUCCCGUCUGCGGCACCGACGGCCAGACCUAUCCCACCAGGUGUCACCUGCUGCGGGCGCAGUGCGGCGGCCACCAGGUGAGCCUCAAGUACAGCGGAUCCUGCAAUGCAUGUUUGGAGGCGGUAAAGUUCGCCCGUCGUCAAAAGGAACGUGAUCCCGGAUACUUUGUGCCCAGGUGCAGGAAGGAUGGCAACUUUGCGGCGAAGCAGUGCUACGGGAACAACGGAUGCUGGUGCAGCGACAGCCAGGGCAGGCCCAUCGAGGAUGACUCCAAUAAAUUCCGGCGGAACGGAAAGCUCCGCUGCAGAUCUAAUCGACGCGAUCGCCGCCGCCUGGCAUCACAUCAGAUUGGCUAUAGUCCGGAUACCUCCGCCUCCAAGGGCAGUGCAGAGACAGGAUCUUCUGCCCACCGACCCUGCAGCAAGUCCGAUCGGCAGAUGUUCAACACUAAUCUGAUGCGCAUGAUCCGCAACGAGGCCCAGAGCUUUUUCCGCCAACCCUCGCUGUCGGAUUCCCACAUAUUGGAGUGGAAGUUCUCCAAACUGGACACGAAUGGCAACAAGUUGCUUGAUCGCCAGGAAGUGAGGGAGCUGAAGAAGGUCCUCAGGCGGCAUGUAAAACCUCGAAGAUGCGGACGCACCUUUGGCAAAUACUGCGAUGUCACCAAGGAUGCAAAUCUCAAUUGGCUGGAGUGGAGCAUCUGCUUUACCAAAGAGUUUAACAACCGUAGUGCUGUCGUUGCCCUCCUGCCCAGCAGUGCAGCUACCGCCCCGCCGCACUCCACCCACUACAGCAUCCACAAUACGAACCACCGAGGUCAUACCAAUACCAAUAUUAUAGGUAGUGGCCACAGUCCGCACUCGUACUCCGAGGAUGUAAGUGGCAGUGAUGAGCACGAGGAAAACUACGAGGACAGCGGGACGGGCUACGGAGGAGAAGAGGAGGACUCGCAGGGUGCAGAUCUGCCCAGCUCACGAACCCACAUCCCAUCAUUAUAUAUGCUCAACUCGAAGCCGGAGGCGACGAGCCAGGACAUAGAAGGCGAGUCCAACUGCUGGAUAGACCAGUCGAUGACGCGUGAGGAGCAGGGCCAUGGCGGAAAGAACGUUCUAUUCGUGCCGCAGUGCCUGCCGGAUGGUCGCUACCAGCGCAUCCAGUGCUACUCCUCCACAUCCACCUCGUACUGCUGGUGUGUCAACGAGGACACGGGCAAGAGCAUUCCGGGCACAUCGGUGAAGAACAAGAAGCCGCAGUGCGACGAAAGUGUGGUGGUGCGGCCGAUGAAAGGAUGCACCGAACCGCGCAAGACGCAGUUCCUCAAGGAGCUGAAGGCCUACCUCAACUCAUCCCUUCUGCCGAGCAUCACCACCGGCACCAAUUCCAGUACGUGGAAGUCAGAAGAUGAGCGGAUUGCCACAUUGAGCUUUGUCGUUCUGGACAAGAACAAAAAUAAGUCGUGGGAUCGGCGAGAGUGGAAGAACUUCCGCGAUCUUGUCACCAGUGCGAGCAAUCUGCGCAGAUGUGGCAAGAAGAUGCCGCGCUACUGCGACGUCAAUGGGGACAAGAAGAUCUCGCUGCCCGAGUGGCUCAACUGCCUGCAAGCAACUCCGCGGGAAAGUGCCACCACAGCCAAGCCGGCACAGUCAAAUGAGACGGCCAGCCCAAAACUCCAGGGAUUUAAUCCGCUGGAGCGAUAUCUGAAAGAUUAACUGGGAAUAAGUAACUUCCCAUCCGUGCUGCUGCUGCUACUACUCAUUAGAUGCCAUGACACACACAAAACCACACGAAAACACUCACCAGACUCCACCACUCAAAAUAGGGAGGGUCGGUUUUUUGGAUUAAUAAGCUGUAAACUAUGCUUAGGGACAUUUUUUUUUCUUUAAGAAAUACAAUUUCUAGCUAAAGAUAAAUUAUAAUUUUUACAUAUCUCACAAUUUUUAUACAAUUA